GGGCGACUACGAUCUGUCUCCUUGGAGACCAUGCCAGCUGAGCAUCAACAUUACUGAUGUAGGCGCACCCCAACCGACAAGGUUCUGGGGGGAGCCGGUGAGCAAAGACUGGUGACACUGCCCUGAGCCCUGAGCCCCUGUGCCCUGACUCUGCGUACCCCAAACCUCCUGACCCAGAGAUGCGCCCCACCUCUGGACCUGGGGUCUAGCACAGGAGGUCUGGGGAAGGGGAGGGGGUGAACUGGGUGCCCUCACAAGUCCCAGUGCCCAGGCCAAAACCUAUGGGGCCUAAGAAGAAGCGCUGGCCGAGCGCGGGGCGCCGGCCAGGCGCUGCGGGCGAGGCGGCGGAACCACAGCUUUCGGAGCGCGCACAGUACCUGCAGCGUGAGUACGCGCUGCUCUCGGAGCAGCUGAACGCCAGCGAGGAGCGCGUGGACCGCGUGUUGCAGGACAACGCCUUCCUGGACCGCGAGGCGCAGCGCCUGCGCGAGGAGAAUCGGCUCUACGCUAGCUACGUGAGCGCGCGCGCGCAGCGCUGCGCCCACGCCAUCGUCCGGCUAGACGAGCAGAACCGCGUGGACCUGGCGCAGAUCCACUGGCAGCGGGGGGAGCUGGCGACUCUCUACCACGGGCGCGAGGAAGGGGUGCGCGCGCAGCUCCUGGAGAUGGAGGCGCGCGCCGCGCAGAUGGCGCGGCAGGUGCAGGAGCUGCAGCCCUAUAAGGCCAGUGCGCGCGCCCGCGAACCGGGGAGCAGGGUUGGGCGAGGUAGCUGGCCCUGGGCUGACCGGUUCCCUUGCUGCAGGAGUUGCAGCUGGAACAGCUGGCGCGGAUCCGGGCACUGGAGCGCGAGCUGCUGCACAUGCGCGUGGAGCACACGCAGCUGCUCCACCGCGUGAAGCGCCGCUUCCUGGAGGACAAGGCGACCUUCGAGCGCGAGGCACGCCAGCGUGUGCAGUCCCUGGCGCGGCGCGCGGAGCG